CCUCAGCGAACACCACGUCUACAAAUGAUCCCUCCCGGAAGUUCUUCGCUCUCGUCUUAACUAGAAUCCGUUCACUUCCGGAUCACCUCUUCCGUUCUUCGCCCUCCCCUUUCUCGUACGGCCACGCCGCACCGGCGCGUCUCCGGCUACCUGGCAGCUUCGCCUUCUGUGCUUGUAGUUCGAGCCCCGGGUGUGGGAGAUGUUUCUGCGGCGCUGGCAAGGCCCUGGUGCCUGCGCAGGCUGGUUGGCGGCGGGGCUGUUGCUGUUGCUGCAGCUCAGCGGGUCGGUCCGCGCCUCGGAGAUUACCUUCGAAUUGCCCGAUAAUGCCAAGCAGUGCUUCUAUGAGGAGAUCGUGCAGGGCACUAAGUGUACCCUGGAAUUUCAGGUGAUUACUGGAGGACACUAUGAUGUUGAUUGCCGCUUAGAAGAUCCAGAUGGGGCUGUGCUAUAUAAAGAAAUGAAGAAACAGUAUGAUACUUUUACCUUUACUGCAUCUAGAAAUGGAACAUAUAAGUUUUGUUUCAGCAAUGAGUUUUCAACUUUUACACACAAAACAGUAUACUUUGACUUCCAAGUUGGGGAUGAUCCACCUCUCUUUCCUAGUGAAAACAGAGUCACUGCACUUACUCAGAUGGAGUCAGCAUGUGUUUCAAUUCAUGAAGCUCUAAAGUCUGUCAUUGAUUAUCAGACACAUUUUCGACUGAGGGAAGCACAAGGCCGUAGCAGAGCAGAAGACUUAAACACGCGAGUGGCUUAUUGGUCAAUAGGUGAAGCCAUCAUUCUACUUGUAGUUAGCAUUGGGCAGGUAUUUCUUCUCAAAAGCUUCUUCUCUGACAAAAGAACCACUACAACACGCGUUGGAUCAUAACAAGCUUUAAAUCCAUUGUUUGAAAAAUAUAUUAUUAUUUGAGUGAUUUCUAGUUAAAGAACAAUUAAGUACAGGGAACUUUUUAAAUACCUUUAGCCUUCUCACUUCAAAGUUCUGAAAUUCAUACUUCCGAAAGCUGUCACAGAAAACAAAAAAAAGACAGCCUUUUAUUUGUUACAUACUGGGAUUUUCUUUCGCAUAUGCUGAGAAAUCUAAUAAUUGCUAUUUUUUUUUUAAAAAAAGACUUGUUUGUAAGUACAUAGUGCUUUAAGAAAAUCCUUUAAGUAGUUAAUUAAAAAAUUGUCCUUAUGAAUGAAAAAAAAGUCUGCCCUUGCAAGUUGAAGUAUUGAAAACAAAAACACAUAAUUAACAGUAGUCUCAAAGUCUUGUACUGCACUGUUUUGAAUGUCUCUGGAAAAUCUAGGGUCUUGAAUCAUUUUUGGGGGUGUAUAUAGAUAUAUAUAUUAUUUUACUGUACCAAUUUUAGAGUCCUGGGAAAAAACAGUUUCCUGUGCAUUGAAAGAAGGUUAUCAUUUCUGCAUUUUGCUUUUUAAAUUAAAUAAUGGGGGAAAUGCCUUCUAAUUCUUGAAGCUGAGUCUCUGAGGAUUGCUGUUGUUGCUGCCUUGAGAACUAAAUCAGCUUUGACACAAACUGUCUAAAUUUUAGGAAUUUGAUGUUUUCACUUUCACUUGAACUUGAUAGAACUAAGCAAAAAUGCACUGGUUUAAGUAACUUGCAGCUAAAAUUUAACCUUGUAGUCUCUUUCAUAUUAAAUCAGAGCUGUUCAACCGUAUGCCCUUUAGAUAUUUGUAACUAAAAUUCCCAUAAAUUUUAAAGAUGGUCAGUAAUCAUGGGAGUUACAAUCCAAGAGAUCCGGAGACUACCAUGUUAAAGGAUUGCAUGGCCAUUAUGUGGCUUGAGUGUUUUGGUCUAAAUAAUUGAUUUAUUAAGCAAUGUAUGCAGAUGCUGGAUGUAUGUGAAUUAAUUUGCUGAUUAAACAUUCUAAAUUGAUGGGAACAGUUUCCCGUGUGUGCUUACAGUACUGUAUUGCCCUAUCCUACCAGCUUUAUACUAAGAUGCUACUUUUUGAAGUAGCUUACAAGAUUUAGGAGAAUGAGGGACUUUGCUACAUAAUUGCUAGUUCUAUUAUACCUGUUUUCUAAUAUCCCAAAUGCUUUUAUAGGUUUUUAAGAUUACACUGUUAUUUCAGAAUACCCAAAAGAAAUUAACAUUACCACCAUAACCAUACACAUUAAAGGUAAGCCUCAUUCCUCUUAGUAAAACUGGUAUCUUCUAAUGGAUAACAAAGCUUGUCUGAGAGGAUGAAAAAAGACAUUGUAGUGGUUGCAAAAAUAUGAAUACCACUAUGCUUAAGGGUUAGCACUCACUAAAAUAAGCUUGAUAUUUUAUAGUAUUGUUCUGCAGAGAAUUGAUUCAUUCCCCCCAUUUCGUUGUAGAUAUUCUGUAAGCACAUUUUACAUUUUUUCCUGUAUGAGCUACCUUACUGUACUGUAAAAGGACGAGAGGUGCUCUGUCACAGAGUCUAACU